AUGGCGUCGGGCAGCUCCAUGCCCUUCUCUUCCCUCCACCCCGUACCCACAGGCGAUCGCAAACCAAAGAGCCUCGGCGAGUUCAUUGCCCGCGUACAGGCGGAGCGUGGCUUCCGAAACGUCACCGAGGAAAGUCUAAAGGAGGAGGUCGAGAACAAGAAAAAUGGCGUCGGCGAGGUGAAGGAGGAAGACACGACAAUGGCCGAGGGAGACGAGGAGGACGAGGAACCACCAGAUGCCGGCGCCGCGAGGAUGGAAGUGCUGAGGAAUAUUGAUACCGCGCAAAACGCGGCUUUAAUGACUCUCGACUUCGUCUCAUUAUUACUCUCGAAAGAAAGCCCUGCUCAGGCAGGUGUCACACUCUCUCAGCAAUUGCGCGACUGGACCGGCAUAGGAACCCUCGGUAUUGCGAAGCGCGAAGACAACGAAGAACAGAAGCAAAGGGAUGCCGAGAAGGCAAAGGACAACCGCGACGUGUCUCUGGGUUUGGCUUUGCUCGACAUCGAAAAGACAAAGGAGUCGGCCGACAAAGCGGCAACCCACUUGAGCAGGGAAGUGGAGCGUGAAGCAAAGUAUUGGGGCGAGGUGCUGAAUAGCAGUCUCGCGCCAUUGCGACGCGGAGAUGACGGCUCGGCGCUUCUCCAGCACGGCCGCGUCGGUUCCGGCUGUCAACGCCUCGCCAUCACCGUAAGCAGAUCGGGCGAGCCGAGCGGCCGUCUUGCUGUUGGGGCCUCCGUACCGGACUCGGCCUUGCUACCAGAUCGCGUCCUCGAAGCCCGCAAUACCAUCUUUGCACAAGAGCUCUGGCAUGAGCUUCAUCGUGAAGCACACUCCCUCGCCUCUUACGGGGUCCGCGCGGAUAACAACUCCAUCAACUUCCACCCCAGCUCAGGACCAAGUUUGACGCUGGAGCUCGAAACUCUGGAGGAUAGCGCCGCCACCGUCGGCGCAUCGCCCGACAACGUCCUUGCCGAAGCAACACAUCUCGGUCUACACAUCCUCCUCAGCCACGCUCAUCGCCUAAACGAGCUACAACGACUGCGGCCAACGCCCCCUCACCAACGUCGAAACCAAACACAAAACCAGUAUCACCUCCUCAGACCCAUCAUCGCCAAGAUUCUCUACGACCGCUCCGUCGAGCAAGUCACCAGUUUCGCCGGCGACCUCACCCGCGUGCUACGACAAGCCGGCGUCGACGCCGCCUCCUUCACCCUCAACACCCCUCCCUUCCCGACGGCCGAGCUGAAAAACACGUCGGGCGGUGCCUCCAACCGGCCCAACGCCUCACAAGCACUCACAAACAUGCUCACAUCCCCGGCAGACUUCCAGAUCGAGCUGACCCUGACCCCGACCUCUCGCCUCCAGAUCCGCGGCCGCACAUUCCUUCUCCCACUGACAACAACACAAUUCCAACUCCAACUUCUUCCCAACGUUGCAGCAGCGACAGCAGCAACAGGAAGCGAACCGUCAAACGGCGAGCAACCACCCGCGCCGCCGCCAAACACCCUGCAAUCCUCCUACCCUCCCUCUCGCGACCCGUACCCAGACAUCGCCUCCGUCCAGCUCUACAUCACAAACGCAGCGGCCCACGCACUCACAGACCAUGCAAUGUCCCUUAUCCCCCCGCCGCAGCAGCCGUCCAACCCGUCUACGCCCCCUUCGGAACCCGCCCCGGCGGAGUGGAUCAAGUCCGUCCGCGGUACCGCCAUCCGCGACAUCGACACGGAAACGCGCGAGAUCCGCUUCGAUAUCCUCAACAGCGGCCCCGAGAGCCGGCCAACGCUGCAGAUUGGCGCCGCCUGGCGCGCGGGAGAUAAGCCUCUCCUGCAGCGCUGGUCUUGGGCGGCUGGUGGCGACCCGUCGUUAUCGUCGUCGCAGCCUCACGUCAGUGACAUCGUCGCCGCUGUUGUCCAGUCCAGAGAGGUUUAG